AUGGGGUUACCAGGAACCAGGCUCGGGGCUUUCCGCGCAUACUUCUUUGGAUACUUUGUCUGUACGGCGGGUUUCUUGUUUGGAUAUGACACCGGAAUUGUUGGUGGUAUCCUCGAGUUCAAGUCCUAUGUCGAUGAUUUCGGCUAUACGGACCAAACAACCGUCAGUGCUGUGAUGGUAAGCUUGCAGAAUGUCGGUGCAUUCCUAUCGGCUUUAGGAAUCUUCUGGGUGUCCGAACGGUACGGGCGAAAGAAAACAGUCCAGGCAGCCAUGACGGUGUUCUGCCUCGGUGUGAUUCUCCAGGUGGUACCUUCACACUCACUCGUCUGCUUCUACAUUGGGCGGUUUGUCGCUGGCCUAGGUCUCGGCGCAGGCACUGCGGUCGUCCCAGCAUACAACGCCGAGAUGGCGCCCAAGGAAAUCCGAGGCAAGCUAGGUUCAGGAAUGCAAUGGCUCUUUGCACUGGGUGUAAUGCUGAGCUACUGGAUUGACUAUGCUGUGAAGCUCACACUGCCCGUCUCUUCAAAGCAGUGGCAGAUUCCCGUUGGUCUCCAGAUGGUGCCAGCUGGAGUUCUUGCCCUGGGCCUCUGUGCUAUGCCUGAAAGUGUACGCUGGUUAGCCAAGAAGGGUCGUUUUGAUGAAGCAUGGGAAAGCCUGGCAUGGAUGCGAGCUAGUGAAGGCUUGGAAGUGAAGGCAGAGUUCAACGAAAUUCGAGUUGGGCUUGAGGAAGAGCGACGAGCCACCGAGGGAUUUAAUAAGCGUGAGCUUCUCGAGCCCGCCAAUCGCUACAGACUGCUGCUCGCCGUUUUCAUGUUCUGUGGUCAGCAGUGUACCGGCAUGACCGCCCUUGCUUACUUCGGCCCUCAGUUCUUCAAACUGCUGGUCGGCAACAACACUAACCAGUCCCUUCUCAUCACUGGACUUUUUGGCGCCGAGAAGUUUGUCACAGUUGGCAUCUAUAUCUUGUUCUUCUCCGAGAUGUGGGGACGCAAGCCGACACUUUGGAUUUCAGCUCUGUUAAUGGCCGGUUGCUUCAUUAUUGUGACAGUCGUCAAGGAAACCACCCCAGAGCCCGAUGCAAAAGCCACUUCAGCUGGCAUUGGCAUGGUGGCUAUGAUUUUCCUAACCAACUCGAUCUACCAAUUCAGCUGGGGGCCAUUGCCGUGGCCAUACACCGCCGAGAUCUUCCCAACACGAAUCCGAGAGAUCGGAACCUCGGUCGCAGUAUCAACGCAGUGGCUUUUCAACUUCCUUUUCUCCCUAGUGACACGCUACAUGAUGAAUUCGUGGGGCAGUUACGUUUUUCUUUUCUAUGCAAUCCUGGAUAUCAUCAUGGCAAUCAUUGUCUUCUUCUUCGUUAAGGAGACGAAAGGGAAAAGCCUUGAAGAGAUGGAAACCAUAUUCCACAGCAAGGCUGCAUUUGAUGUUGAUGCUGUCCGGCGGGAUGCGUUCAAAGAUGUAGCUGCGGAGCAAGUUAAUUUCCGUUGCCAUCUUUGUGGCGUGAGCUUCAACAUCAUCUUUCGCCUACAAUCUGGGGAGCUAGACGUGCCUGGUCCUGAUUGGGUCCAAAAACAAUGCGACGAGACAGACGACGAUUCUAAAGAUGAUGAAUACACGGCCCAGGAUCUUGACUAUCAAUCCCUCAAAGAUUAUGAGGACGAUGAGCCAUAUGAAUAUGACUCUGAUUACGAAUCUGAUGACAUGAGCCUUGGCAGAGAGGAUAUGCCUGACAAGGAACACAGCGAAGACAGCAGUUCUGAUGCAAAUGACGACCCGGAAGGUCAAAUGUACUACAACUGGGUAUUGCAAACUUUCAAUCCAUGGAGCGCUACGAUGAGAGAAUCCCAAAUGCCCGUUGGAUACUUUGAUACUCCAAUGUCAGGCUACUCGGCUGAUGCUAUCUCACCCGAGGAGGCGAGAGGCUGUCGCACCGCCCAGUUCCUGGUACACAAAACCACUCAAAGGGAUCUGUGGAAGGCUGACCAGCUACAUGAGCCCUGGGAGAUCAAUGGAGAUUGGUCUUUAUCUGGAAUUUGCGACGGAACGCCGUCGCGCGAUUCAAGUGACCCAACAGUAUGGCCCGCACGAAACGGGAUCCAAAUUGUAGAGGCGGACAAUGUGAAAUUUUCAUACCAGGAAGGUAUAGAAGCGGAUGAUAUAGCCAUGCCAUUCCAUCCGUGGUGCUUUGAUAUCUUCUGCCGACAAUCCAAAGUCCAGUUUCAACGUGUCAACGCCGCAGGUCUCAUGACCUGGCGUAAUGCCGAAUUUGAAUGGGAUGCAUUUAGAUCAUUUCCUCGAGCCAAAGAGGUUAGAAGUGCAUGGGACCAGUGGUGGGCCCAUGAGACUGGUAGCGAGUAUCUGGUUGCCAAUCCUCUUUAUGUGCCCGGACUUCCAGAACUUCUUCUCGCCGCGGUGAAGAAUGAAGGAUCGCCUUCUUCAUCUGACUCAUGUCAUGAGAUUAAGUCGUCUCAGCCCGUGACGAACCUCCCUUCCGCAUCUCACCAUAGCCCGGCCGACUUUCUCUCCUCACUUCCCUCAGAAAUUCAGCUCAUGAUCAUCGGCUAUUUAGACUCUAAGGAUGUCAUUAGUCUAGGUCUUACGUCUAGGGCAUUCACUCAACUCCCAAACUGUGUGUGGUACGGACUAGUACGCAAAGAAAUGCCCUGGUUGUGGGAAGCCUGGGAAGAAUCCGAAUGUAUACACAACCCUUCGCCCUGGACAAUCCUAACAACAGCCGAUAUCAAGUGUGUACUCACAGCACGGAGUGAGUAUGCCCGGGCCUUGGUUGACGAUUCUUACACACAGCUUGCUGCCGAGAAAGCUGCCGAGCACCGAUUUGCUCUGUCCACGACCAUACCAGACCAGGUGAAAUUGCCCCGAGUAAAUACUGACUGGCGUCGUGUGUUUAUGCAAAUCCAACUCAAUUGGCAUGAGCUCAAGGGGUUACGGAACCGACAGAGAAUCUGGGUGGAUGUGGAGGAGGCUGUGAGGCGUAUUUGCAAGUUUGAUCCAUAG